AGUGCAGUGCAGACACCAAAACAAAGCAGAGAGUUUCUUCCCUCACACGUUUUCCAAACCAUGGCCUCUGUCACCUACAUAGAGCGCCGUUACAACCACGACAUCUACACCGUCUGUCUCGCCGAAAACUACAUCACCGUCACCGUCACCGCCAGCGCCUCCGUGGUCAAGCGGUGGCUCUCCUCCACGCUCUACUUCAACCGCUACUUCGUCGACCAGGAGCGCCUCGUUGUCGGCCUCGGCGUGCAGUGGACUCGCGGCGGCCACGAUCCUCCGCCGGACACGCUUCAGCUCUGCGUCGGCCGCCGCUGCCUCAUCUUCCAGCUCGCGCACGCCGACUACGUGCCGGAGAGCCUCCGCACGUUCCUGAACGAUCCUUCGCACACCUUCGUCGGAUUCUGGAACCACUCCGAUCGCCUUAAGCUCGCGUGUUCGGAGCACGAGUUGGAGAUGGCGAUGGAUCCUCUGGAUCUGAGGCUCUGCUUCGAGAGCCUCACGCGGGAUUCGGUGGAAACGAUCGUAGCGAAGUGCCUCGGUUACCGAGUGCCGCAGCGGAGAGACAUAAGCGUGAGCGCGUGGUAUGUUGAAUAUCUCAGCAACGAUCAAGUUGCUUAUGCGACGGUUGAUGCUUUCUGCGCGUUCCUCAUCGGUAGGAAUAUCAGAGCCUGGCAAUUCAUCUGUCAGUAACAACAGGUAGCGUAGCGUACUGUAGUAUUUGUCAAGCAUGCAUGCCUUGUUUUGAGUUUCGCCGGUUGAAUCAAUGGUAUUGACGGUGAUGGAAGUGAUUUUGGAUUUCGUGACUGUUCUGAAUCUGCCGGCGAUUUUCAGUUUUUGCUUUAUCUCUUUUCUAGGUUAUUUUGAUUUUUCAUUGAUGAUGAUUUGAUAGUGUACUUGUUGUUUCCAUCUCUGGCAUGUGCUUGUUUUUUAUGCGAGUGCAGAACUGAUAAAUCAGCUUUUACCUUUGUUUA